CUCGGCGCUGAGAGGGCUCCUGAGUUAACGGGCGGGCGGGAGUGCCGUGGGUCCUGGGAAGCGCAGGCUCUGACCGGUCCCUCCCCGCUGCCCCCUAGAGGCAGCCCUGACGCUCUGACCCGUCCGCCUGGGUCCACCGGCCCACGGAGGAGCUGGCUUUCGCCUCUCCUGGGAGAAUCGGAUCCCGGUGAAGGAGCCCCACCAGGAACUGAGGCAAUGGCCUCAAAGCCUGAGAAGCGAGUCGCCUCAUCCGUCUUCAUCACCCUGGCACCCCCACGUCGGGGCGAGGCUGUCGCCGAGGAAGUGAGGCGGGUGGCCUGUGAGGCCUGGCCUGGCCGCCCCUGGGAAUCUCCUGCCCCCACGAAGGCACCUGGAGCUGGUCCGGCGGGGAGGCCCAGUCCCUGGACACCCUCCUCGAGAGCUGCAGCCACAGGGCCAGCUGGCCCCUCUCAGCUGUCCAAUGGAGACGUCUGCGCCUUCUGCCACAAGACGGUGUCCCCCCGAGAGCUGGCCGUGGAAGCCAUGAAGAGGCAAUACCACGCCCAGUGCUUCACCUGCCGCACCUGCCGUCGCCAGCUGGCCGGGCAGAGCUUCUACCAGAAGGACGGGAGGCCCCUCUGCGAGCCCUGCUACCAGGACACACUGGAGAAGUGUGGCAAGUGUGGCGAGGUGGUCCGAGAACAUAUCAUCAGGGCCCUGGGCCGGGCCUUCCACCCAACCUGUUUCACUUGCGUGACCUGCGCCCGGUGCAUCGGAGAUGAGAGCUUUGCCCUCGACAGCCAGAAUGAAGUGUACUGCCUGGACGACUUCUAUAAGAAAUUCGCCCCGGUGUGCAGCAUCUGCGAGAACCCCAUCAUCCCCCGCGACGGGAAGGAUGCCUUCAAAAUCGAGUGCAUGGGAAGGAACUUCCACGAGAACUGCUACAGGUGCGAGGACUGCAGGAUCCUCCUGUCUGUGGAGCCCACGGACCAAGGCUGCUACCCGCUGAACGACCGUCUGUUCUGCAAGCCGUGCCACGUGAAGCGGAGUGCUGCGGGGUGCUGCUGAGGGCCCCCGCCGGGCUGGGUCCCUCCCCGACUCGGUUUCCCUUUCUGACCCGCUCUCGCACACUUCCCUUCCGAGCCACAACGGGGACCAGCCCAUGACAUCCGGGCCACAGGGGCUGAGCCACCCGGCCCCCACCUCCUCCCAGCUCAGCGGUGGGCAGCUGGCAGUCAGUGCCCCUCAGACAUUUGCCUCUUUCCUCCAUCCUCUGGGCACUGGACGUCUCCACACCGUGAGCAUCACACCCAGGUGCCCGUGUCCCAGGCUCUGGCCCCUCUUGCGCACUGGCCUUGAUCCCCAAUUCCAGGGGUGCAUUGGGGCGAGUCUCUAGGUGGCGCCCUGGUUCCCCAGCAACGACACUUCAGCUGUCCCGUGAGGGUGCUGAGAUCAGCUCUGGCUUGUAGGACUGAGCUGUUUGAGUAAAACUCCAAGGCCCCUUAAAAAGCUCUUUUUAAAAAACUUACAUGAGGAGAAACAUUCAAUUUUGGGGGCAGGAUGUGUCUUCAUAGGAAAUGCCUCCCAUUUGUUCAUACAUGUACAAGAAUGUGACCUGGUGCUGGCACGGCCACGGACUUCUCACCAGGGGAACACGGGGCCCAGGCCCAGCUGUGAACCUGGGACAGGGCAGGGGGAAAGGGUGAGAUGCUGACACCCAAGGGCAUCGGCCGCCCCUCCGCCCUGCCCCUGGUGCUCCUGUGUGCGAGCCAGCUGACAUUGACCGGGGAACAGGGUGCAGGUGCCCUGGGUGCUCCUCCUGCAGCCUCGACUGGGGCCAAGCGCACCCCCCCUCACCCACACUCCUUCAGGACAGUGCCAGAGGUGUCCCUUCAGCCCCUUGGUCACUGCCCACAUCCCACCCGGACACCCCCGCCCAUGCUGCCCUGUGGCCGCUGCCUCUUCAGGGCCACGCCUAGAAGAUUCUUUUUCCUUUUUAAGGAAAAUCACGUGUAUUGCUUCGUAACUUCUAAGGCAUUUUUCUGCAGGGCAUGAACAAAUUAAGUUGUGCUUUCCUCCCGGGGUCUCGCUGAUGCACCACAGGCUCCUGUGAGGGUGCCUCGGGCUCCGAUCCGGAGACCUUGUCUGUAGAGCCCCUUAGGGGCUUCGGCGCAGGGCACAGCUUCCUGCCAGCAGCUUAGAGGCUCGAGCCCCAAGCUCCAGGCCUCCGCCUGUCACCUCCACAAUCGUCAUAAUCAAGGGCUUCACGUUCUCUCCUUUCCUUAAUAUUUUCUUUAAAUCAACAUACUUUUUUUUACUCCCGACUUUAGUCUUGUGCUAAAUAAUGUAUCCAUACAGUCACACGCUGAUGUGCUAGUUAUAUUUUCUCCUAUUACACAGGAAAAUAAAUGCACGACUAUUAGAAGUC